CCCCAUCACUCAAUCACUCGCUUUCCGCCGUCUACAACACUCACUAAUAAUCCCUCAUCAAUCAAGAUGCAGUUCACAAUCGCUACCAUCGCCGCUAUGGCCGCCGCUGCCUCCGCCACCGUCAUCCCCCGCUCUGACCUUGGUGCCUGGAACGUCACCAUCACCUCCUCGUUCCCCAAUACCGUGCAUCGCUCCGAGACCGUUUCAGGUGUCUACGCCAACAGCGAGCUCGCCGAUAACAUCCCCGUCAACUGCCACUUCCAGGGCCAGCUCAACGACGAGAUCAUCAACAAGCUGACCUGCACUCCUGAAUCUUUCAGCUACACCUUCGAGAGUGCGGGUUACGGUGACAAUGGUUACCUUUACCAGCUCACUCUGAGCCAGACGGUAUCUAUCGCCAACACCAACGUCACCGUCAAGGGUGUGUCGGACAAGUUCUACAGGACUUGCGACUCCGUCACCGGCAAGUUCUGCACUGCUUCCGGCAUCAUUGUCAAUGUCAACUCAGCAGUCGCCUAGAUAGAUAGCGUUAGUCACUGUCGAAAGGUAUCGGGGAUUGUUCUUGGGUCGUUGGCAAUCAGCAUUCCAGGGAUGGGGGAAAUGGUCAAUUAUCAGUCCUGACUUCCUACAUAGGAAGCGAAUAAUCG